AUGUCCCGCCGCAAGAUCUCGUCAGAGUCCUUCAGCUCGCUGGGCUCGGACUGCCCGGAGACGAGCCCCGAGGAGGAGGGCGAGUGUCCCCUGUCCCGCCUCUGCUGGAACGGCAGCCGCAGCCCCCCCGGCCCCGCUGACAUCCCCUUCGCCGCCGCCGCCGCCGCUGCCAGCGCCGGGGCACGCCGCGCUCCGCGCCGCCGGCGGGUCAACCUGGACUCGCUGGGCGAGAGCAUCCGCCGGCUGACGGCCCCCGCGCCUCAGACCAUUCGGCAGACUCUUCAAAAGACACUGCAGUAUUUUGAGCAUCAAGUUAUUGGUUACAGAGAUGCAGAGAAGAAUUUUCACAAUAUAUCAAACAGAUGCUCCUAUACAGACUGCUCUGGCAAUGAAGAAACUGAAGAUGUCUCAGGAAUUCUCCAGUGUACGGCUAAUGUGCUUGGUCUGAAGUUUGAGGAAAUGCAGGAAAAGUUUGGGGAGGAAUUCUUCAAUAUCUGCUUUGACGAGAAUGAAAGAGUUCUUCGAGCUGUAGGUGGGACCCUUCAAGACUUCUUCAAUGGCUUUGAUGCUUUGCUGGAGCAUAUUAGAACUUCAUUUGGAAGACAGGCCACCCUGGAAUCUCCUUCUUUCCUAUGCAAAGAACUCCCAGAAGGCAAUCUCAUGCUUCAUUAUUUUCACCCGCAUCAGAUUGUGGGAUUUGCAAUGACAGGAAUGAUAAAAGCGGCAGCAAAGAAGAUUUACCGCUUGGAAGUGGAAGUAGAACAGGUCACAAACGAUAAGUUGUGUUCAGAGGGGACAAACCCAGGUAACUGCAGUUGUUUGACUUUCCUUAUCAAAGAACAUGAAAAUGCAAAUACCACAAAAGCACUUCCACCAGGAACUUCCCAGUCCCCCUUAGACCUGAGGAUUAGUAUCAGCACCUUCUGCAGAGCUUUCCCCUUUCACCUGAUGUUUGAUCCAAACAUGCUGGUUCUCCAGCUUGGAGAAGGUCUUAGGAAGCAGCUGAGAUGUGACACUCAUAAAACGCUGAAAUUCCAAGAGUGCUUUGACAUAGUCUCUCCUAAAAUCAGUGCCACAUUUGAACGAGUUCUCCUGAGGUUAUCUACACCCUUUGUCAUCCGGACCAAACUUGAGGAUUCUGAUUCUGAAAGUAAAGAUAAGGUGAUGGAAAUUAAAGGACAAAUGAUUCAUGUGCCAGAAUCAAACUCUAUAUUGUUUCUGGGUUCCCCCUGUGUGGACAAGCUGGAUGAGCUGAUGGGCCGAGGCCUCCAUCUCUCGGACAUACCUAUCCAUGAUGCUACUCGUGAUGUCAUACUGGUUGGGGAGCAAGCAAAGGCACAGGAUGGCUUGAAAAAACGAAUGGAUAAGCUGAAGGCAACGCUAGAAUGUACGCACCAAGCUCUGGAAGAGGAGAAAAAGAAGACAGUAGAUCUCCUUAUUUCUAUUUUCCCCGAAGAGGUGGCUCAGCAGUUGUGGCAGGGGCAGCAGGUUCAGGCCAGGAAGUUCGAUGAUGUGACCAUGCUCUUCUCGGACAUUGUUGGCUUCACUGCCAUCUGUGCCCAGUGCACGCCCAUGCAGGUCAUCAGCAUGCUCAACGAGCUCUACACGCGCUUCGACCACCAGUGUGGAUUCCUUGACAUCUACAAGGUGGAAACAAUAGGUGAUGCGUACUGCGUUGCAGCAGGGCUCCAUAAGAAAAGCCUUAGUCAUGCCAAAGCCAUUGCCCUGAUGGCACUGAAGAUGAUGGAGCUUUCAGAAGAGGUUCUUACUCCAGAUGGAAGCCCGAUUAAGAUGAGGAUAGGCAUUCACUCAGGUUCGGUGCUGGCCGGCGUCGUCGGUGUGAGAAUGCCGCGCUAUUGCCUCUUUGGGAACAACGUCACCCUGGCGAGCAAGUUCGAGUCAGGGAGUCACCCACGCCGCAUCAACGUCAGUCCCACCACGUACCAGCUUUUGAAAAAGGAAGAAAAUUUUAUUUUUAUCCCUCGUUCCCGUGAAGAGCUUCCAGAAAACUUUCCAAAGGAAAUUCCUGGGAUCUGUUACUUCCUGGAGGUCAGAAGUGGUCAGAAGCCGCCAAAACCUUCCGUCCCAUCUGCCAGAGUGAGAAAGGUGUCUUACAACAUCGGCACCAUGUUCCUCCGGGAGACCAGCCUAUGAGGCCUGCUGCAGAUCAAAGACUUGUCAAAAAAGCACAAGCCCAGAACUGGGUCAUGACAGGGGAGUUGGAGGUUCUUUGUGUUUCACUGCCGCCUUCUGAGCAGGCAGUAAAAGCUCCAUGUAAUGUCAGGCAAUAAUCAUUUCAAAAGGUGGGUAACUGCUGUCGGGAAACAAAGUGGAGAUAGGGAAAAAAUAUUAAACAAUGUACUUCCACUUCCAGAGGAAUUUCUUUCAUAAACUUCAGUCUGGCCCCUCUAUGGCAAACAAAACAACGAAGCAAAACCCCAACUCUCAAAUUAGAGGUUGGUCUUGUUUUGUGCAGAAAGGAUGAUGGUUCUCUGUAGAUUUGCACCAGCUAAGCAGAAUUGAGAGUCAGUUCUGAUUAUGCAUUCCUGUAUUUAAUGUGUUCUUCAGUAAGGUAAUGAUGUUUUUUAACUUUAUGAACAAGCAUUUCAUACAUAUACUGUAGAGCUAUUGUAACCUUCCUGGCAGGAGGAAUUAUGACUCAAUACAAAUAUUGUAGGAAUUUUACCUAUUUUUAUACAUAUUUCACUUUCUGGAUAAUUACAUUCCACAUACUGUAAGCUGAGUGAGCUUAGAUAGCUUUUCAGAAGAAGUUACUGUAUAUUUCAUACAUUCUACCUAUCAAAACUUAUUGUUAUACAAGUGGGAAGAAGGCAUUUCUUGACUUUUUUGGCAACAAAAAAAAAAAGAAUCAAUAUUUACAGAAUAAACCCCCCACUUUGAUAAAUCACUUUAUCUGGUUUUUAUGCUAAAGCUUUAGAUGAGCACUGUCUUCUUAUAUAAAAUAAUGUUCAGUAUUUGUCCUACAGUGUUGUAUGUCCAGUCCUUCCAGGACAAUGUAAACAAAGUUCAGAAGAUCAAUGUAUGGACAAACAGAAAAGUUCUCUUGUUUUCCCUCUAAAUUAUCAGCCAAACUGAUCUUCAGUAAAAGCCCUGAACUUCUCUAAAAUUUUGGUCUUGUGAAAACUUAUUCUGAGGAAUUCCAGCGAACACUGGAAGAUCUCUGGAUGGUUUUCCACAUUUUUUUAAUAGGACUUGUGCUCCUAGUCCAGAUUGAUAGUUGAAAAUCCAUUCUGUUAAUAAUGAUUGUUCAUUUGGAAACCUCCUCUAUUGUUGGAUUGGCUGAAAGUCCCCUGCUUUAUCUAGCUGAGAUCAAAAGAACCUCAAAAAGGGAAAGGCAGUACUUUUCCAGGUUUAAUGCAAAUGGCAGGUCAAGAUUUUUGUUAGUCCAAGACAAUUAAAAAAAACCAAGAAAACAAAACCAAAAA